CUUUUCUUAAACAUUAAUGAAGAAACGGCAUAAUGUUGAAAACACAACGAUUAUUCACUGCCAGUUCUAAAGAGACACAUAGUGCGACUUUCCGGAAGAACGUACUAUUCUUAAUACGUCACAGAAAAGACAAGACGAAAAGAAUGGAUACUCAAUUUACGGAAUCGCAUCCUCCGAGUCUGCCGAGAGUGCGACCUUUUCUUCGCAGUGGUUUAAUCAACGAAAAUUCUCGAACUGUAUCUGUGAACAGUAAUAAUCCAGAUAGCUUCCAAUGUGCAAUAGGGCCUAUUUUAGGGUUUGCCCAAUUAUUCGGAAUUUUGCCAGUCUCGGGAAUAAGCGCAUCGACCCCCUUGAAAUUAAAAUUUGCAAUUUUUUCAUUUCGUACUCUCUAUGCCGUUUCUAUAAUUGUCAUGAUACUUGUUAUGCCAAUAUUGGCGAUUAUGCACGUGAUAAAAACACUAGACUCCUCAACUUUUGAAAUACAUGGAGGAAUAGCAGCUGUAGUGUUUUAUGGGAAUAACGUAAUGAGCUUGAUGAUAUUUUUCUGGCUAUCACCACGUUGGGUAACUCUUCAACGCGAUUGGAGAGCUAUGGAACAAUUUAUAGACAGUAAUAAAGUGGAACGACCGAAACUUCGUUGGAAAUUUUAUUUGAUAACUGCUACUAUUUUAUUUUGGGCUCUUGUCGUAGAUAUCCUGAAUAUAGCAAUGAACACGGAGAAAUUUUAUUGGAAUGACAAUUUGAAGAAUACGACAUUUGAACAUUUCUUGGAAAUAUAUUGCAUGUCUUCACAUGCGUUUAUUAUAGAGCAAUUAAGUUACAACCUUGCACUCGGCAUUUUCAUUUUUAUCAUUAACCAAGUGUCAAGUUUUACAUGGAACUUUACUGAUGUUUUCAUCAUGUUGGUAGCUACCGGUUUAGCUGAAAGAUACAAGACGUUGAACAAGCAAGUAACAACUUCUGCAUUGAAGCAUGGGAUAACAGACUGGUGUGGAUUUCGCGAAGAUUAUGCUGUUCUUAGUUGCAUGGUGAAGAAGGUAGACAACAAUAUCUCACCUAUAAUUCUUUUAUCAUUUGCGAACAAUCUUUAUUUCAUCAGUUUGCAUCUACUCAAUGGAUUAUCCCAGCCAGCUGAGAGCAUCAUAAAUGAUAUAUAUUUUUUUGGAUCUUUCGUAUUCCUAAUCGGCAGAACAGUGUUCGUUAUUCUGCUAACUGCAAGGAUCAACAAUCAAAGCAAAAUUAUUUUGCCGAAGUUGUACACUUCUUCGAGUUCUACCUAUAAUAUAGAAACAGAAAGGCUGAUAUAUCAACUCAGUACUGACAAUAUCUCACUUACAGGAUUGGGUUUUUUUUCUAUUACACGAAAUUUCAUGUUAGCGGUAGCUGGUGUAAUUGUAACAUAUGAAAUCGUACUACUGCAAUUUAAUGUCCUAAAGAAUUAGUUCAAUUAAUGAAGGCCCGUUUUAAUUAAAUAACAAAAAUGAUUCCAAAAGUUUUGAAAAUUGAUAGAUGUUUGUUUAGGCUUAUUAAUAAAUACAUAUAAUAAUGUACUGCAAACUUUUU